AUGAGAAGGUUGUAUCAGCUGGCUCUGAGGAGCAGAAACUUGAACGUCGGAUUAGCCAGACGAUUCACAUCAACUGAAGCGUCGACUUCUGAAGAAGACUCAACACCUCCGACUCUUCGACCUGAUUUGAAUUUUGAAUUUCUUUUAAAUGAGAAGAAUAUAGAGGCAAUUAAGGAGAAUAUUUUAAAUCGGAAAGGAGUCGGAGACAUCGAUAAAGUUCAUGAAAAAUGGGCGGUGAUUCAGAAAAUGAUGAAUUCCGGAGAGAAACCGAAUGACAUCAACGAACAGAAAUAUGCGCAACUUUGGAACGAACUCUACGAUGAAGCCAUUCUAAUUCCAAAUAUGACACAGGAUGGUGUGCCUCAAGGAAGUGAAGAGAACGCGAAGAAAGUGUCAGAAUGGGGAGACAAACGAGAGGAUGACUGUCUGACUGCUGAGAAACUUGUUCAAAAUUGGAGGUCCUUGUUACAUCCAACAGAGGCUUCUGGACAGAGAUCAUACGUCUUUCUCGGUUCUCUUGCGAGUCUAGAAAAAGCUCUGCUGGAUUAUGCCUAUGAGAGAGUGUGUGCACUCGGAUUCCGCCCAAUUACUGUACCUGAUCUUGUAAGUGGAGAAGUCACACAAGCAUGUGGAGUCAUGCAAAGAAGCGAACAUCCGAUACAGUACACUCUGGCCGGCGAUGAGGCUCAUACUAAACUUUCUGGUACCGCUGAAAUGGGAAUCGCUGCUUUUUUGAGAGGGAGAACGUUUCAAGAAGAACAACUCCCAAUUCGAUUGGUCUCUCUCAGCAGAUGCUUCCGCACGGAAAUAAGUAAAUCUGCAAGCGAAGCAAAGUUGUAUCGAGUACACGAAUUCAGUAAAGUCGAGAUGUUUGUUGUGUGCACUCCAGAGCAAAGUUUAGCUGAAUUGGAUUAUGUGGUAGAGGUUCAGAAGGGAACAUUUCAAGCACUGGGAAUACAUUGCAGGUAUCAAAAACCCUUUCAUUGUCAUCUUGAGCUAUGUAUUUUCAGACAACUUGAAAUGCCUUCUGAAGAACUUGGCGCAUCUGCUGCUAAAAAAUUCGAUAUCGAAGCAUGGAUGCCUGGAAGGAAACUGUAUGGAGAGGUUUCUUCAGCCAGUAAUUGCACGGAUUUUCAAGCAAGAAGACUUGGUAUCAAAUACAAGACUGCUGACGGCACAACCAAAUAUGUCCACACUUGCAACGGAACAGCCCUUUCUUCAACAAGAACACUUAUAUCAGUUCUUGAAACGUUUCAAAAUGUUAGUGUCUCAAUGAUUACAAGUGAUCGCUGCAAUUCUUUAUUACAGGACAAAAAAGGACUUGGAGAGCUUCCAGAUCCCCUUCGGAAGAGAAUUAAGCAACGUGGCGGCCCACUUCGUUUCCAGCCGGCAAAAUCUCUCGCCUAA